AUGGUACCACCCUGGCCGGCUGCGGCGCCCUUCCCAGCCUCCUUCCCCACUGGCAUUUGGCCGCCGGGUGUCCAAACGCCAGGAAGGCAGCAGGGGGCACCUAUGGCUUUCCAACGAAGCCAGGGGCCCCAGGUGACCCAGGUGCCCCAGGGGCCCCAGCACCGCCAGGUGCCCCAGGGGCCCCCAGGCCCGGGGCCAAGGCGAAUAGAGAUGCCACAGGUGAGUUCCGGGCCGGAGCAAGGCAUGGCAGCUGCAGCUGGAGGCUCAGGCCGCCCAAACAUCGUUUGCACAAGCGGUGAGUAUGGUGCACGAGCCCAGGAUUUCGAUGGGAUGUGGGAAAUGGAUUUCUCCCCCCAGACCUGGGCCAGAGUGUUGGCCCUUACUGCGGUGGGUUUUCUUCUGUUGCUGAGAGGCAGCCGAGGAGCUCUCCAGUCUGAGCUGCAGGCCGCCGCAUCAAAGGUGCUUCCAGCGAUUUUCUAUGCUGCGAGGCAGCUGGAAGUGCUCCUCCACAGCGACGGAGCUGCGACGCAGCCUCCGGUGGCGGUGAAGGUGACGCAGGUGAUGUGCGAAGAGACAAGGACCGCCCCUGACCCGGAACCUGCGAAGGUGGAAAAGACGGCGUCAGCCGCGCCCGAGCCCGAAGCUGAUCCGGACGACACCACGCAUGUGCCAGAGAAGGAGCCAGAGCACGAGACGUACCUGGAAAUGGACGGCCGCGUGAUGUCGCUGGAGCAGCUUUGUCAAGAGGUUGGUGCGCGGAGAGUGUGCAGCCCUCGAAGUUCAGCCUCUGCUUCGGAUGAAGUACUGAUGGAGGACCUAAGGCCUGCUGAAGACGCAAUGAAGACCCCUACAGAUGCAGGCAGCCCUGACACAAAAGCGACGUCACCUGUGACUUCCACCAUCAAGGGAGCGCCGCGGAAGUGGCGAGGGCGACGGGAGGUGCGGCCGGAACCCAUUUUGGAGGAGACAGCAGGGGCGGAACAGGCGGAGCCUCCGCAUGAGCUGCCUGAGGGCAUUGUUUUUGAACUCUGCUUGCUGAACACCGAUCUCGCGGUCCAAUCUCGUCAGCGUUUGCGCGUGACUCUCAGUUCUGGGCCGGAGAUUUGUGCAGAAACCAAUUGGCUAAGCAUCCAGAAGAAACUCCAGGAAUUUUGCAAAAAGAGAGGCUGGUGCAACUGCAAGGUCCAGUACAACAAUGGAUCAGCACUGGAGGAGUUGUGUGAUUCAAACAGCCUGAGGCGUUUGUUUGAGUUGCACAGGGAGGCCCUGCUUCGUGACGCUGUAGAACUGCUGUUGUAUGUUGUUCCAGAUCCAACCGAUGAUACACCUCCAUCUGUCAUUGAUGGAGAGGAGAUUGUCUUGGAAGCGGACCAACAGGGCAGCCCGAUUCUCCUGAAUCUGCGGUCAGAUGUUCUGCUUGGAGAAGGAGGUUUUGGUCAAGUCUGGCGGGUCCGGGACACAGAAAGCCAGACUGCAUAUGGAGUCAAGAUAGUCAAGUCGUCGCUUCGCGACGGAAGGUCUCAGGAACACAUGGAGACAGAAAUUUCCGCUUUGCUCAAGCUGAACCAUCCCAACAUCAUCAAGGUCUUGCAGCACGGGUACAUCUUGGAUCCUGUGCGUGGCCGCCUUCCGGCAUACAUGAUGGACUUGGGCAGAUGUUCGGUGCAGGAUUUGCUGGAGACAGGAUGGCACACAAAGGCAGCUGCAGAGGCUGCCCAGAGAGACAUGAGUUCCGCCCUGCAACAUUUUCAUGCUGCCGGCUUGGGGCACAUGGAUGUGAAGCCGGCGAACUGGCUUGUGGCCAACAAGUUCACAGGAAGUCUUGGAGAAACCCAGCUGGAACUCAAAUUGAUAGAUGCCGGUGGGGCCGGAAGGCUUGGAAAGGAUAAAGUGACAUCGUUUACUGCCGACUACGCGCACCCACUCCAUCGAGGUGAGUUCCCAUCAGGAUUUCAUAACUAUUGCUCAGGCUUGAGAAACUUUUUGAUGCGCGUGCAUGCUUUUUUUGAUUGGUAUGGCCUGCGCAAGGCAAUUUACGUUCUUUCAAGUUUUGACUCUGAGAGCAAGGUUCACCCGUACCGUCGGGCCUUUCAAAAAGCGGCAGCCGCUGUGGAUAGUGACAGAGUCUUCUUCAUGGACGCAGUGCGCGAAAAUGGCUGGGUCCUAUUCUAUGCCUGCAAAACAGUCCAGAAUGACAAAGAUGUUGUCAUGGAAGCAGUCCGCCAAACUGGCUUUGCGCUAGCAUGUGCCUCUGAGGCUCUCCGGGGUGACAGGGAGGUUGUCAUGGAAGCUGUCCGCCAAAAAGGCUUUGCGCUGCAAUAUGCCUGUGUGAAAUUCAGGGGUGAUAAGGAGGUUGUCCUUGAAGCAGUUUGUCAAAAUGGCCUUGCAUUAGAUUUUGCCUCUGAUGAACUCAAGGCUGACAAGGAGGUUGUCGCCAAAGCAGUCCGCCAAAAUAGCCGCGCCCUGGGCUAUGCCUGUGUGAAAUUCAUGAGUGACAAGGAUUUUAUCAUGAACGCAGUGCACCUGAAUGGCUUUGCGCUGGAACUUGCUUGCGACACACUCCAGGGUGACAAGGAGGUUGUCACGGAAGCAGUCCGCCAAAAUGGCACCGCGCUAGAAUAUGCCUCUGAGGACCUCAAGGGUGACAGGGAGGUUGUCCUGGAAGCAGCUCGACAAGACGGCCAUGCGUUAGCUUAUGCCAGCCAGGAGCUCAAGGGUGACAAGGAAGUGGUCAUGCAAGCAGUUCGUCAAGAUGGCCUUGCACUACUUCAUGCCUCUGAGGAACUCAAUGGUGACAAGGAAGUUGUUAUGGAAGCAGUCCGCCAAGAUGGUCGCUUCCUGCUUUAUGCCUCUCUGGCCCUCAAGAGUGACAAGGAGGUUGUCAUGGAAGCAGUUCGCCAGAAUGGCCGCACACUGAAAAAUGCCUCUCAGAAACUCAAAGGUGACAAAGAGGUUGUCAUGGAAGCUAUCUGCCAGGAUGGCUCCUUGCUAGAGUAUGUCUCUCAGCACCUCAAGGGUGACAAGGAGAUUGUCAUGGAAGCAGUUCGCCAGAAAGGCACUUUGCUAGAACUUGCCUCUGAGGAACUCAAGGGUGACAAUGAGGUUGUCAUGGAAGCUAUCCGCCAGGAUGGUUCGUUGCUCAAACAUGCCUCCCAGAAACUCAAGGGUGACAAGGAGGUGGUCAUUGAAGCAGUUCGCCAGAAUGGCUCUGCGAUCGAAUAUGCCUCCAACGAGCUCAAGGGUGACAAGGAGGUUGUCAUGGAAGCAGUUCGCCAGAAUGGCUCCUUGCUCCUAUAUGCCUCCCAGGAACUCAAGGGUGACAAGGAGAUUGUGUUAGAAGCAGUCCGCAAGUAUGGCUUUGCGCUAAAAUUUGCCAGCCGAGAACUCCAAGGUGACACAGAGGUGGUCAUGCAAGCAGUCUGCCAGAAUGGCCUUGCACUACAAUAUGCCAGCCGGGAACUCAGGGCUUUGGGUUGGCGCCACCGAAGGUUCGGGUGGAGGGCGCGAUUGAAGGCUUUGAUCAUGGGAGCAGUGCGGCAGGAUGGUUUUGACAUGAAUUUGGCUUGCAAUACAUCUCAGAGUCACAAGAAGGUUGUCAUGAAAGCAGUCCGCCAAAAUCCUUCUGCGCUAAAAUAUGCUGGUGAUAAAUUCAGGAAUGACAAGGAGUUCGUCAUGGAAGCGGUCCGUCGAAAUGGCUUCGCGAUCAAAUAUGCCUCUAAGGAACUCCAGAGUGACGAGGAGGUUGUCAUGGAAGCUGUCCGCGAGCAGGAGGCACCGGAGACGCGCGAAGAAAGGAUCGCCAGACUCAUCGCCGAAAUGCAGGAUGACUGGAGCUGGGGAGCUGGUGAACCCAAGGCCGCCCACGACGGCUGCAUCUACUUCGCCGGCGCGCCGCCGCGACGGAGAGCCUCCACGGAGCCGUUGGAGGCUCCGCCGGUGCCAGCGGCGCCGGUGCCGCCCGUGCGAAGCGGCAGGGCUUGGCGCGCCGGAGGCAGCGUAGCAUCUUCCAAAGCUGCCUUUGAUGAGGAUCCAGAUCUGGCGGCGCUUGAAGCCAGGCUGGAGGAGGGGACGUUUCUGAUGGCGAAGCCCGUGCGCUUUCGACCCGGUGGAUGUUUCGUGCGACUACCAGGCGGCCAGGAAGCCUUCCUACCUGUGGAGCACUUCUCACCAAGCACCGAGGCCUCGACCAAUGCGGUGAGGCAAGCAGUGAACAAACUGAGCCGUGACGGCAAGCUCCGCGUGCGCGACAUCGGCAGCGACCGGGUCUCCAUGCUGAAAGCGCACGAGGAAGCCCUUCGAGGGCAGGAGUUGGACGCAAGGCGGCGGAAGAUGGAGGAAGGCAUUGAGAAACUGCGAGAGAACUACAACCCAAACAAAGUGAUGGUUGGCUUCGUCUCAUCCGUACAGAAGAAUGGCAUCUUCGUGAGUGUCAUCGAUGGCUUGGAUGCACUCAUACCGCUCAAAGAAUUGCCCUCAAAAUUCCUCGAGGAAGAUGGGGAGGUUCAGAAGCCAACCCUGGCAGUUGGACAGGCGGUGCAGUUUCGCAUCAUCCGCUACUCUUGGCAAUCGGAUGGCUUCGUGGCAACCAUGAUGCCGCUGGCCGCGCGUUCCAG